CGAGGCGGUCGAGUAGCCACUUAGCAGUAGACUCAGACUACCAUCAUCAUCAACACCACACACCUGGAAGACAGCUCUUCGUGGGCAUCAGCACAUCGGCAAGUCCAUCAGCAACCCAAAUUUCACGCUGCGCUCAGCGGGUGAGCCACGGUUUCCGUGCGCAGUCUUGAGAUGAGACUGUGAAAGCACAUCCUCAACACAGCAGACUUUGGCCCAGUACUUCAUAUUUACCUCAUCCGGGAGUCGAAGCGGAGCGUCUCGCCUUGUGCACGUGCAUACAGGGGUAACAAGGAGCUUGUGUCAAAGGGUCCUACUUCGGUGACCGUCUAGAUGAGCAGGAUGAGCGCCGGAGCAACGAACGGCAUGGCGCCGUUGAGCAGCCUCACAAACAGUCAACGAGAAGAAUUACACCAAUCCAUACUCGAGUACAUGCAUAGAUCUGGCUUCGAGGAUGCUUAUGAAGCGCUAAAGAAAGACGCCGAUAUGCCAGACUUCUCUCCAAGCACAGCGCCUCAGAAGGUAGUGGGACUGCUCGAGAAAAAGUGGACCGGUACUGUGCGCUUGCAGAAGAAGGUCAUCGCGUAUGAGCAGCAAAUCACAAAUCUGGAAGCGGAGCUCAAAGCGGCGCCGACCGGAAGGAGGGCAGCUUCUCAGGCGGACUGGCUCCCCUCAAACGACCCGUCCCGCAUCUUGGAGGGUCACAGGAAACAAGUCAUCAGCGUCGUCUUUCACCCUACUUUCUCCAUCGUUGCUACUGCCAGCGAGGACUGCGAUGUCAAAGUGUGGGACUGGCAGAGCGGGGAAUGUGAGGCGACCUUAAAAGGCCACACGCAAUCAGUGAAGGAUGUGGAUUUUGAUGCAAAGGGACAGUUCCUGGCUACAUCUUCUGCCGAUACACAGAUCAAGCUUUGGGACUCAAAUAACCAGUGGCGCUGUACGAAGACUUUGGCUGGACACGAGCAUGUCGUCAGCGCAGUGCGCUUCUUGCCCGGUGGCGCGCAGCUCGUGAGCGCUAGUAGAGAUGAGACGAUUCGAAUUUGGGAAGCUUCCAGCGGGUACUGUGUGCGCACAAUCCAAGGAGGCGCUUGGAUCAAGUGCAUGUCCUUGGCUGAAGAUGGUCAGACGCUAGUCACAGGAGGUGACGAUCAAGUGGCGAAAGCUUGGAACCUCAAUAGCGCUCAGAGCAAGGCGGAGUGCAGGGAGCACGCACAUGUAGUGGAUGCUAUCGCUCUUGCUCCUGCUGCCGCAUACCCUGCCCUCAGACAGCUUGGGGGAAUGCCAGCAAGCAAUCAGAACGCGCCAGGAUUGUUCGCUGCAUCCGGUGAUCGAGAUAAGACCAUCAUCAUUUGGGACACAGCUAGCGGUCAGCCGGUCAAAAAGCUGCUUGGCCAUGACGGGUGGAUCCGUGGAUUGUGCUGGGCACCAAACGGCAAAUUCUUGCUCUCGUGUGCGGAUGAUGGCAAGCUGAAAGUGUGGGAUCUCAAGCAAGGGGGUCGAUGUUGUCGAACAGUAGAGAAUCCGCACGACGAGAAUGGGCGGUCUAGGUUUUUGACGAGCAUGGCUUGGGCUCGGGCGAAAGUGGAUGCUGGACCGCGACCGGAUGGCGAAUCGGCCACUGCCGUUGUGCCGCGCAUCAAUGCAGUCGCCACGACUGGCUCCGAUACGAGGAUAUGUAUCUGGACUCCAUAGGUACCGACAUGCGACGUUUGAAAUGUCCUCGCAAGCUUGCCUGCUCGUGCGACCUCGAAGCGUCCUCACAAGCUCGAACUCCUGCGCGACAUGAGGUGUGGCACAGUUAUUAGAUCACAUACCCGGGCCCGACUAGUCACUUUUUUGAAUGAACGGCAAAUUCUUUUGGGGGAAAAAGGGAGGAACCGACGAACGCGUCGCUUGCGCGUCUUUCUUCUCCGCCCUAGGCUCUCUUCACAGCCGACUGGACUCGCGCCGUUGCACGUGCACAGCUUGCGUGCGCUUUAGCAGUCAUCUCGGACAGAGGCCAGUCACCUCCAUGCACUCUCAAAGUGGCAACAAAUUUUUCUUUUUCUUUUUCAACAUGUAUAACAGUAUUGAAAUUGAUCUCCUU